AACAAGCACUGCACAAAUCUGAGAUCUAACCUGUUCAAAACAGAUGGAAAUGAUGAAAUAGUAGCAACAACUUCAAAGGCAAAUAUGUCUUCUCUGUCUCUUAUGCCCCAGUUUAUUGCUGGGCUUAAGAACAGAAAUGAAGAAAUCAGGAUCAAGACAGCUAAUGACCUUCAUCGGUUUGUCAGUACUGAACUACGGGAAAUGCCAUUUGAAGAACAUACAGCCUUCAUGGACAAGUUUUAUCAUCAGAUAUUUGAGUUGGUAUCAAGUUCUGAUUUGAAUGAGAAGAAAGGUGGCAUCUUAGCCAUAGUGAGUUUAAUUGGAGUCGAUGUUGGAAACAAGACUGCCAAAGUGAGUAGAUUUGCUAACUACUUACGUAACCUUCUGCCUUCCUCUGAUGUCAGCAUUAUGGAGAUGGCCGCCAAGGCUGUUGGCAUUUUAGCAUUGUCGUCCGGGACAUAUGCUGCAGAGCAUGUAGAUUAUGAAGUUAAAAGAUCAAUUGAGUGGCUGACUGGUGAGAGGAACGAAGGCAAGAGACAUGCUGCUGUGCUUGUCUUGAGAGAGCUAGCCACAUGUACACCUACUUUCUUCUUUCAACAAGUUCAACAAUUCUUUGAUGUUAUCUUUGCUGCAGUAAGAGAUCCAAAGCCUGUGAUAAGAGAAGGAGCUGUUGCAGCAAUGAGAGCCGCUUUGGUUGUGACUUCUCAAAGAGAGUCUAAGGCUGUGCAGAAAUCACAGUGGUAUAAGCAUUGUUUUGACGAAGCUGUAAAACCUUAUGAUGAGACAACUGGGCGAGACAAGAAACUUGCAAAAGAUGAUUGGGCUCAUGGCUCACUUUUAGUGAUCAAUGAAUUACUACGGUGCAGCAAUAUGGAAGGGGAGGGAAUAAACGUUGAGUGGAAUAGACAGCAUAUUGAGAUGGAAGAAAUAACCAAUCAACAGUAUCUACAUGAGAAAACAGUCAAGGAGAUGCAUCGACACAAGUCUAUGGGUAGUGUGAUGGCCUUACAGCAGCUCCAGAACAAGUCAUCUCCACUGACCAGCUUUGGUCUUGGACAUAAUCAAAUGGCACACAAAAAUAUGCUGUAUGAGAGUAGAUCAUGCAAAGAACUUAUCACUAAGAAUUAUGAAAAGAUAUGUAGUUUGAUAUUGAAACACAGAUCUAGUAAGAAUACAUAUGUACAACAAACACUGCUGGUCAUCUUUCCAAGGGUCGCAGGAUUCAGUCCUGAAGUGUUUUCAAGAGUAUAUUUAGAAGAAUCCAUUAAUUUCCUGUUGGGUACAUUGAAGAAUCCCAAAGACAAGACAGCUGGAUUCCAAGCUAUAGGUCUGAUGGCCAUAUCAGUACAGGAAAAUAUAUCUAAACAUCUGAUAAGGAUCAUGGAAGUUAUCAGAAGUUCUCUGCCUCCAAAGGACCUACCUCUUAAGAAGUACAAGAGUUUUGUAGUUGACCCUGCUGUAUUUACAUGUAUAAGUAUGCUUUCCAGAGCUGUGGGUAAUAUUAUGAUGAAAGAUGUCAGAGAACUUUUAGAUUCUAUGCUGGCAACAGGACUUAGUCCAGCCUUAACAGCAGCUUUGAGAGAUUUAGCAACUCAGAUACCACAACUGAAGAAAGAUAUUCAAGAUGGACUCUUGAAAAUUCUGUCUCUUGUUCUGAUUGGUCGACCAUUAAAGCACCCAGGUGCUCCCAAAAGUCCACUGUCUCCACUUCCUAUAGCAGGUGCCUUGUUGUCACCAACAGACAGCCAUGAUACAACAAGUAUAACAUUGGCUCUAAGGACACUUGGAAGCUUUGAUUUUGAAGGUCAUUCCUUGACACAGUUUGUCAAACAUUGUGCAGAACAUUAUUUGUCUAGUGAAUAUAAAGAGAUCAGAAUGGAAGCGGUUAGAACUUGUGCUAGAUUGUUAUCUCCCCUGCUUAAGUUGUUAGCUUCCAAUCAGGGCCAAGUAAGCAUGGCAGCCAUGAACACAGUAGCAGAAGUACUACACAAGCUACUUGUUGUUGGAAUCACAGACACAGAUUCUGACAUACGAUUUUGUGUACUGGCCUCCUUAGAUGACAGAUUUGACCCACAUCUUGCCCAGGCAGAAAAUCUGAGUGCUUUAUUUGUUGCCUUGAAUGAUGAAGUGUUUGAGAUUAGAGAAUUGGCAAUCUGUAUGAUUGGAAGACUCAGUAGUAAAAAUCCUGCCUAUGUGAUGCCCUCAUUGAGGAAAACCCUAAUACAGAUUCUAACAGAAUUAGAACACAGUGGGGUUGGUAGAAACAAGGAACAAGCAGCCAGGAUGUUGGGAUUACUGGUUGCCAAUGCAUCCAGACUUAUAAGACCUUACAUGGAACCAGUCUUAAAGGUAUUAAUCCCCAAAUUAAAGGAACCAGACCCUAAUCCUUCUGUGACCAUUAGUGUAUUAGCUGCUAUUGGAGAACAAGCUCAGGUCAGUGGUAUUGAAAUGAAGAAAUCUAUGGAUGAAUUAUUACCUAUUAUUAUAGAAAUGCUUCAGGACUCCUCAUCUUUGCAGAAAAGAGAGGUAGCAUUAUGGACACUCGGACAGCUGGUAGAAAGUACAGGAUAUGUCACAGAACCUUAUAGGAAGUACCCCUCAUUACUGGACAUACUGUUAGCCUUCCUUAAAACAGAACAGUCACCAGGUAUCAGGAGAGAGGUGAUCCGUGUAUUAGGUUUACUUGGUGCUUUAGAUCCACACAAACACAAGAUGAACUUAGGAUUAAUACAGAAAACAGAAGCUGGGGCUGUAUUUAGUAUGUCUGAUCCAAAAGCUAAUCAGGAUGCUUCGCAACCAGAGAAUACCAGUGAAAUGCUAGCAAACAUGAGUGCCACUGCGACUCUUGAAGAAUUUUAUUUAGCCAUUGCUAUAGCAACACUUAUGAAGAUCAUCCGUGACCCUAAUCUAUCUCAGCACCAUACAAUGGUUGUCCAGGCGAUAACCUUUAUAUUUAAAUCAGUUGGCAUCAAAUGUGUACCAUACAUCCAACAGGUUAUACCAGCCUAUCUGAAUGUUAUCAGAACUGCUGAUACAAACUUUAGAGAGUUUUUGUUCCAACAGUUGGGUGUGAUCAUCUCUAUAGUGAAACAGCACAUCAGAAAUUACCUGGAUGAUAUCUUUGAUUUGAUAAAGGACUACUGGACCCCCAACAGUCAGAUGCAGAGUACUAUUAUUUUAUUGGUAGAACAGAUAGUGUCAGCACUGGGGACGGAGUUCAAAAUAUAUCUACCACAGAUUAUACCACAAAUACUGAAAGUGUUCAUGCAUGAUGCUAGUCAAAAUAAAGUUGUAACAGAUAAGCUAUUGAAAUGUCUUCAGUUAUUUGGUGCUAAUUUAGAUGACUACCUCCACCUAUUGCUGCCACCAGUUGUUAAGUUAUUUGAUUCUCAUGAUAUUCCAAUAGCUGUAAGAAGGGCUGCAUUGGAAACAAUAGAUAGAUUUUCAGAUACAUUAGACUUAACAGACUAUGCUUCUAGAAUUAUUCACCCAUUAGUGAGAACUUUAGACUCGGUUCCAGACCUUCAGAAUACAACCAUGGAUGUUUUAUGCGCAUUAGUUAUGCAACUAGGUCAAAAGUUCUCCAUCUUUAUCCCCAUGGUAACAAAAGUAAUGACUCGGCAGAAAAUAUCGCAUCAGAAAUACACUGUACUUGUCAGCAGGAUAUUAAAGAGUUCAACAAUUGCAGAAGAGGAAGAUGAUCCCAUAUUGAUGAAACAUCGUAAAGAUCGUAAAAAAAUUACAGAAGCAUCCAGUACUGGUACAGAUACCAUCAUCAGUAAAAAAUUACCAGUUAGCUUCCCUAACUUACAAAAGGCUUUGAGUUCCGGUAGGCGUGAGAACAAAGAAGAUUGGAUGGAAUGGAUAAGAAGACUGAGUAUAGAGUUAUUGAAAGAGUCUCCAUCACCAGCCCUCAGGUCAUGCUGGGCAUUAGCUCAGACUUACAACCCUCUAGCCAGAGACCUGUUCAAUGCAGCUUUUGUAUCAUGCUGGACAGAAUUGACUGAAUCUCAACAAGACGAGUUGAUCCAAAACUUAGAACAAGCUCUAAAAUCAGAAGAAAUCCCAGAGAUUACACAAACACUACUUAAUCUGGCAGAGUUUAUGGAACAUUGUGACAAGGGUCCUCUGCCACUGGACUCUUCCCUACUUGGACAGAGAGCUAUGAUAUGUAGGGCCUAUGCUAAAGCUCUGCAUUAUAAAGAGGAAGAAUUUAACAGAGGACCAACAACAGAAACACUUGAAGCACUUAUAAGUAUCAACAACAAGUUACAACAGUCUGAAUCAGCCUCUGGUGUAUUGGAGUAUGCUAUGAAGCAUCACAGAACAGAUUUGAAAGUACAGGAGGGAUGGUAUGAGAAGUUACAUGAAUGGAACAAAGCUUUGGCAGCCUACGAGGGGAAACUGAAGGAGAAAAAUCCUGACGAAACAAAUCUGACUUUAGGGAGAAUGAGAUGCUUAGAAGCUCUGGCUGAAUGGGGACAGUUGCAUCAGAUAGCUUGUGAGAAAUGGCCAACAUGUAGUGAUUCAGAAAGAACAAAUAUGGCACGUAUGGCGUCUGCUGCUGCAUGGGGACUUGGCCAAUGGGACAGUAUGGAGGAGUACAUGUGUCUGAUACCUAGGACAACAUACGAUGGGGCUUUCUAUAGGGCUGUGUUUGCUUUACACUCUGAGAACUACCAGCUAGCACAACAGUGCAUAGAUAAAGCCAGAGAUAUUUUAGAUACAGAAUUAACAGCUAUGGUCGGAGAAAGUUAUAACAGAGCAUAUGGAGCUAUGGUUAAUGUGCAGAUGUUAUCUGAAUUAGAAGAGGUCAUCCAGUACAAGUUAAUGCCAGACAGACGGGAAGCUAUAAAAAACAUGUGGUGGGACAGACUACAGGGAUGUCAGAGACUUGUGGAAGACUGGCAGAAAAUCAUUCAAGUUAGAUCAUUAGUGGUGGCGCCACUAGAGGACAAGAAAACAUGGCUAAAAUACAGCAGUUUGUGCAGAAAGAGUGGACGUCUUGCUUUGUCCCACAAGACACUAGUGAUGUUAUUAGGAACUGACCCAACAAAAAAUACAGAUCAACCCAUACCAACAGUUAGUCCUGAAGUCACUUUCACUUACAUGAAACAUAUGUGGAGAAAUAAUCAAAAGAACGAAGCCUACAAUAAGCUACAGCAUUUUGUUGAACAUUCAUUACAAACCAAGGCUUUACAGUUGAUAUCACCAGAAGACUCACAACAAAGACAGGAACUUAAUAAACUCUUGGCAAGAUGUUUCCUGAAACUUGGUGAUUGGGCAGAAAGUUUAAUGGGUAUUAAUGAUAAAUCUAUUCCCACAGUACUGGACUGUUAUUACAGGGCUACUGAACAUGACAAGGACUGGUAUAAGGCCUGGCAUGCUUGGGCUUUAAUGAAUUAUGAAGCAGUGUUGUUUUAUAAACAAAUGAACCAGACAGAAGAAGGUACACCUCAAACACCAGCAGACAUUGGUGCUACCAGCAAACUUGAACUGUCGCCUAGACCAGAGUCUAAUACAGCAAUGAUGCAUAAAUAUUGUGUACCAUCAGUCCAAGGUUUCUUCAGAUCUAUAGCUUUAUCACAACAAAAUAGCUUACAGGAUACACUUAGAUUACUGACAUUAUGGUUUGACUAUGGUCAGUGGAUGGAGGUGUAUGAAGCUCUGGUUGAAGGUCUGAAGACCAUACAGAUUGAUAAUUGGCUACAGGUUAUCCCCCAGUUGAUAGCCAGAAUAGAUACUCCAAGGAACCUUGUAGGAAGGUUAAUAUCACAGCUGCUGAUAGAUGUUGGCAAGGCUCAUCCACAGGCCUUGAUCUACCCAUUGACAGUGGCAUCUAAAUCUAACGUAACAGCCCGACAAGUGUCAGCUAAUAAAGUAUUGAAGAGUAUGAGAGAGCACAGUAAUACACUGGUACAACAGGCUAUGUUGGUGAGUGAGGAGUUGAUUCGAGUAGCUAUUCUAUGGCAUGAGCUUUGGCACGAGGGGCUAGAGGAAGCUUCCAGACUUUAUUUUGGGGAGAGAGAUGUAAAGGGAAUGUUUAACACAUUAGAACCUCUACAUGCUAUGAUGGAGAGAGGGCCACAAACAUUGAAGGAAACUUCAUUUAACCAGGCUUAUGGUAGAGAUUUGAUGGAGGCUCAGGACUGGUGUAAAAAAUACCAGAGAUCAGGAAAUGUCAAAGAUCUAACACAAGCUUGGGACUUGUAUUAUCAUGUGUUUAGAAGGAUAUCUAAACAGUUACCUCAGUUGACUUCACUUGAGUUACAAUAUGUUUCACCCAAACUUCUGAGAUGUCAAGAUUUAGAACUUGCUGUACCUGGAACAUAUGAUCCAAAUCAACCAAUCGUAAAGAUUAGGAAAGUUCAAAGUUCAUUACAGGUUAUCACAUCCAAACAGAGGCCAAGGAAACUCAGCAUAUUUGGUAGCAAUGGUCAGGAAUAUAUGUUUUUACUGAAGGGACAUGAAGAUUUAAGACAGGACGAGAGAGUGAUGCAGUUGUUUGGAUUAGUUAAUUCUCUACUACUACAGAAUACUGAAACUUUCCGCAGAAAUCUUACAAUACAGAGAUUUUCUGUGAUUCCAUUAUCUACCAACUCUGGUCUAAUUGGCUGGGUGCCUCAUUGUGACACGCUUCAUUCACUUAUCCGGGACUACAGAGAGAAGAAGAAAAUUCUACUAAAUAUAGAGCACAGGCUUAUGUUGAGGAUGGCCCCAGAUUAUGAUCAUUUGACCUUGAUGCAGAAGGUUGAAGUGUUUGAGCAUGCUUUGGAACACACACAAGGGGAUGAUCUAGCUAAGAUACUGUGGUACAAAAGUCCUAGUUCUGAGGUUUGGUUUGAUAGAAGAACAAAUUACACCAGAUCACUAGCUGUUAUGUCAAUGGUUGGUUAUGUUCUAGGUCUUGGAGACAGACAUCCAUCUAAUCUGAUGUUGGACAGAAUGAGUGGUAAAAUCAUCCAUAUUGAUUUUGGAGAUUGUUUUGAGGUUGCCAUGGUGAGGGAAAAGUUUCCAGAAAAGAUUCCAUUUAGACUUACUAGGAUGUUAAUAAGUGCCAUGGAGGUGACAGGAAUUGAUGGCAAUUACCGUAUGACAUGUGAGAGUGUGAUGGCUGUACUUAGAGAACACAAAGACAGUCUGAUGGCUGUGUUAGAAGCUUUUGUUUAUGAUCCCUUAUUGAAUUGGAGACUUAUGGACACAACAACUAAAACAAAACCAAAGGCUAACAGGUCUGGUUCCUACAGUGGAAGUCAGGAACAGGCAGAUAUUCUUGAAACUGUAGACAUUGGACAAGCAGGAACAGCAAAGAAGUCGGUACCAGUUGCAACAGGAAAUGCACCAGGUGGAGAUAACUCCACAUCAGAAGUUUUAAACAAGAAGGCUGUGCAGAUUGUACAAAGAGUUAGGGAUAAACUGACAGGAAAAGACUUUCCCACCGAAGAAUCAAUCGAUGUGUCCACUCAAGUGGAACUCUUAAUAAAACAAGCUACAUCACAUGAAAAUUUAUGUCAGUGUUACAUAGGAUGGUGUCCAUUCUGGUGAUUGUUUUAAAAUAUUGUCCCAAUAAAGUCAUGAUAUAUAUUACGCUAAGUCUUUUAAAUACACAAUAUUAGGUGAUGUCAGAAAAAGAUCAACAUUUUUUGAAACUGAGAUCACUAAGCCUUCAAACAGUUGCAAACAUGUAAUAAAUAUUAAAGUAAUUUUUAUGGGCAUUGAUUUUAUGUUAAUAUCAUACUGCCACUAAAAAUGGCUACAAUAUCUGUCAUUAAUUUAGUGGCGCAACAUUAAAAAUCAUUUUUUGUCCCUAUAUGAGCAACUUAUGAAAUAAAGAGAUUUGACAUCAAAUAGACAUAAGUUGCUCAUAUAGGGACAAAAAAUGAUUUUUAAUGUUGUGCUACUAAUUUAAUGACAGAUAUUGUAGCCAUUUUUGGUGGCAGUAUGAUAUUAACAUAAAAUCAAUGCCCAUAAAAAUUAUGUGAUAAAAACACUUUAAAAAAUUGACAGGAAUCAUUGUUAAUAUCUAUCAUGUCACACCUAAUUGGGUUAUAGAAUGCAAAAUUGUGCUCUUUUGGUAAAGGGGUCAUGUUGGGUGAGUGGUUAAGGUAGUCUAAAUACUGUAUCACAAGCCUGUCAACAGAGGUUGGGAUUUCAAAUUUUGCAUAUGACAGAUGUGCAUGAUCUGUAUUUUAAAUCUUCUAGCAGUUUAUUUAAAUUUUAUAUUUGUAGCUUAUGAUAUAAAUUAGAUAUUAUGAUACGAGUAAAGGUAUCCUUUUACAAAAUUAUACAAUUUUCAUCAAAAAUAUGCUCAUACGAUUUUGAUGACUGAAAAUAAGAAAUUUGGCUGUUGCAAUAACAAAUUUAUUACAUUGUUGUAUUGACAGUUCACUUUGAUGAUUACUGUUAUUUGUUUAUAUUGCAUAAUUUUGAUAAAUAAUGUUUUAAUUCUUCAUAAUUACAUUAGAUGUAUGUUUCAUUAUAAUACUUUAUUCUGGUUGUCUAAUUGCACAUCACAUGCUAUUCCUUCAGCAAUUUCAUCAUUCAAUAAAACUUAUCAUCCAUGAUAACACAUGGUCCCACAAUAAAGUGCACAGGUGAAUUAAAUGAAAAACAAUAUAAAAUUCAUGUUUUCAUGGUCAUAGCUAAAAAAUGUAAUUAUAAGUAUUGAAUGCUUCUUUUUGUAACUUCAUAGGGUUGUAAAAGUGUUGA